AUGAAUAUCUUAAAAAUUCACACAUUUUUAAUCUGGCUGCACAAGAAGAAAAUCGAAUCCGACUCCAUUGCUCAUAAAACCGAGUUGGAGAAAUUCAAUAGUAAAAUCAAGCUGAAAGACUCGGAAAUCUACGGGUAUCGAACGAAAAACGAGCAGUGCAAACGAGAAUUGCAGUCGUGUCAUAAUACUGAUGAUGGUGCUAAGGAGCCUCCGAAAGCCGACGCUUCCGAAGUUUCGGGUCUAAAACAAAAAAUUGAAGAAAUGCAGAAAAAACUCGAGGAGCAAGAGAACAAUAGUAACUCGAUGGCGGCGAUUUUGAAGGGAGGAGCCAUCGAGCACUAUACGCAAAAUGAAACGGCACAUUUUCAAAGGGUACAGAAGGCUAAUGAACCAUUAUUCUUCGACCGAGGCAACAUUCAACAUCAUGUUCCUGACAAACUUAUGAUGGGAAGACAAUUAGCCCAAACGCUGGAAGAAGUCAAAGCGAAGAAAAUGGCAGAUAAAGAACAAUUGGAUAAACAUCCAAUGGAUAGAGAGAAUCAGGGUGAGAAAAAUGAGAAAAUUGUGGCCCCAAUCACGUUUUCUUUUUCAGUAUUUUUUCUCAUAUUUCCAAUAAAAUUUGGUUUUCUACAGUAUCCAUAUUUUGAAUUCUCUUAUUCUAACUUUUUCUCGGAACAGCGCUAUGUUUUGAUUUCGGAAGUCCUUUGGAAACGAGAGUGUGUGUGUUUUGGUGGAGACUCAAAUACUUUGAAGGGGAAAAAGAGAAAAGGUACUACGGGGUACCACUCUAAAAACGGUUGGGAAAUGACUGGUUCUGAGAUGUCCGAUUGUGAAAUGGUCGUUUGCAUCUUAAAAAAGUCAAAUCUUGGAAUCUACUACAUUCAGGAAUUCUGGAUUUUCAAAAUAUUGAUAAUUUGUGGAUUGCUCAAUUCCAAUCUCAGAAUUUCAGAAUUUCCGAAUUUCAAAACUUCUCAAUUUCAAAAUUUCAAAAUUUCUGAAUUUCUGAAUUUCAAAACCCAGGUUUUUUUCAAAAAAAAAAAUGUUUUUUGGGGUUAA